ACUGACAUUUUCUCGUUUCUGCGUGUUCGGAGGAGCUUGACUGCAAAUCGCUAGAAAACGUGUAUUUCCUUCACCGUUAACCCUGCGUCGGGUCGGGGUAAGCGCGUCCUUCACGCGUCCAGCCACAAUGGCCGGCGGCUCGGGCACGAAGGUGGUGCAAAUCACCAACAUUGCUCCGCAGGCCACCAAAGACCAGAUGCAGAAUCUGUUCGGCCAUGUCGGUAAAAUUGACGAAAUUCGGCUUUACCCGACCAUACGCGACGUGUCGUGUCCGGUCGUGUCACGAAUUUGCUAUGUGAAGUAUUUCGAGAGUAGCUGUGUUGCGGUUGCCCAGCACCUCACCAACACGGUGUUCAUCGACCGCGCACUGAUCGUGAUUCCGGUGCAGGGUGGAAUGAUUCCCGACGAGUACAAGGCACUCGAGAUGGCGGCGAAUGGAACGCUGGUUCCGGGGCUGCACAGCAUCAGCACCUCGUCGAAGCUUCCGCCGGAAGUGGUGAACCGCAUCGACGGGAUGGUACCGAAUCAGGUGCUAAAAACAAUCGAUCCGAAGCUAGAAGAGAACGGACUGCCCGAGUACCCGCCGCUUCCAGUAAACUUCGACGCGAAGAAGAUCGAAGAAACGCGUCGCACGGUCCUGGUGCUCGACAUUCGUUCCGACUGGCGUCUGGAGGAGUUGAUCGAACAUUUCAAGCCGGCCGGCGAGAUCAAGUACGCACGGUACGCGGAAAAUGAGCGCACCAAGUUCGCUCUGCUGGAGUUUUGCGACCAGAGGAACAUCAUCAACGCUUUCAAGAUGCACGGCACCGAGUUCCGGGGUUAUCGUAUCUGCGUGCACCAUUCGACACAGCCGAUCGUGAAGCCGGAAGCGAAGAGCAACGAAGCGGCCCAGAAGGAGAUCGAGGAAGCCAUGUCGAUCGUAAAGGAGGCGCAGAGCAUGAUUUCGGCGGCAAUUGAUCCCGUGAUCGGCAUGCUGUCGAAGGACAAGCCCAGCAGUCGACGCCGUUCACGCUCCCGCUCGCGGUCCAAGGAGCGCCGCUCGCGUUCUCGUUCGCGCAAGCGCUCCAAGUCGCGCACCAAACGUUCGCGCUCCCGCAAACGUUCCCGGAGCCGCUCGAAAAGAUCUCGCUCCGCCCGCCGUUCGCCGUCGAUAGUGAAACGUUCACGUUCGAAAUCGAAACGCUCGCCAUCGCGCACUAAGCGGUCGCGUUCCCGGUCGAAAAAACGGUCCCGUUCACGGGACCGUCGGAAGCGUUCCCGCUCGAGACGCCGCAGCCACACGAGAUCGCGCGAGCGAUCGUCCCGUGCAAGGCGUUCACGUUCUCGCUCGAAGAAAAGAUCGCGUUCGCGUGAGCGGCGCGAGAGGAGCCGCGACCGUAAGAAGUCGUCGCAUCGCACUAAGGAGGAGCGCAGGGCCCGGCGGUCGUCGCGUUCACGCUCACGAAGCCACAAGCGUUCGACCUCCAGGGCAAACCGCGUGAAGGAUGCAACCGGAAAGUCUUCUUCGAAGCGUCGCAGCCGCACCCCGUCCGAUAAGCGGCUGAAGAAAGCGCUGGAGGAAUCCGUGAGCCGUGACUAUGAUGCCGAGGAACGGUUGGCUUCCGGGAUGGACGAUGAUGCAGGUAGCGUAAAGCAACAGUCGGUGUCUUCGCCUCCACCCGCCACCGGUGGCAGCACUGGCGGUUCAUCGUCCUCGUCCGGAUCAGUGGCCCCAGCGACAAUGACGCGCGAGAAAACCGCCAGUCCGACAACCGAGAAAUCGGACAAUAUGGACAUUUCCAAUUCACCAUUUCCGUGGCCUUCUCUGAUAAGUGCGCCGACAAUUAGCAUGGCCGACAGUCUGGUGGAGAGCCCGGCGGCCAGUUCGGGCCAUUUGAUGAAUCUGAACGUCAUGAACUCGCUGGCCGGAAGCGGCGGCGAGUCGAGUGGGAGCGCCUCGUCGUCGUCCUCCUCUGCCACAGCCAGCUCGGUGGCCAGCUCAUCGUCAAACCCUGCGUCCGCCGACGCAGCGGUGGUGGCGAGCGUUUCUCCAACAGUGCUGAUUUCGGUCAGUGCGGCCGCCAGUUCCGGCAGCCCGGGAACGGCACCGUCCGAUGUGUUCCUGAAUCAGUUCAUGGUGCAGCAUCGGGCAAACAUCGCGAACAUGCACAACAACAAUAACCAACAACAGCAGCAGCAGCAGCAGCCGUCCUCCUCGUCGACGGCUGCGCUCGUGGCCGUGUCGUCUUCGGGAGCGCCCCAGACUUCUGCUUCCGCCGUCGCACCCAUCGUCCCACCGUCCACACCGUCGUCGUCGGGGGCCUCGUCCUCGUCUGCCGCCCCCUCCUCCUCGUCCACCGCCGUUCAGCAGCAGCCGCUGGAGUUGCUACACCGGGAGCUGCCGAAGAUGGCUCCGGGUGGCAACCGCGGUGGUAGCGCCCCGCUGGGCACGGGCCAGGGCCAUGCCCACGGUAACGGCGACGACCGUGCCGACGGGGACGACGGGUGCGGCGAACCGGAAGCCAAGCGGAAGAAGGUGGACAAACCGAUCACGAAGGUCGAAAAGCUGGAACUUCGGCUCGGUGGCAUCCUGUGCUGCGCCGUCUGCCUGGACCUGCCAAGGACGGCCAUGUAUCAGUGCUCUAUGGGUCAUCUUAUGUGCGCCGGAUGCUUCACCCAUCUGUUGGCCGAUGGCAGACUUCGCGAUCAGAACGCAACGUGCCCGAACUGUCGCACGGAGAUCAGCAAAAACAACUCGUCGCGCAAUCUGGCCGUCGAAAAGGCCGUGUCAGAGCUGCCGGCCGAAUGUCAGUACUGUUGCAAUGAGUUUCCGAAUCGUACGAUCGACUAUCACGAGUCGAAUGAGUGCGAAGAUCGGCCCACGGAUUGCCGCUUCGCCCGGAUCGGCUGCCAGUGGCGUGGCCCCAUCCACGAGGUGUCGUCGCACGAGGCCAACUGUGCCCAUCCGAAGAAGUCCGGCGCUGAGGUGAUGGUGGCGCUGCAGGCGCAUGAUGCCAAGGCGGCCGAAGAUAAGCAGCUAUUUCUCACGCUGAUCGAUCUGCUGAGCUAUGAGAAGAUUAUUUUCAACGAUUUGCAGCUGAAACCGUACCGAACGGACGAGUAUGUACACCGCUUGUACUACGAGACAAGCCGCUUCUCUGCCUUCAACCACCAGUGGGUAGUGAAGGCGAUCAUCAACAAGAGCCAGCGUGAUCCGCAUGAGUCGUGCGAGCGUGACAUAACCUAUCAGCUUAUUCUGAAAUCCAAAACUUCGACACCAUUGCCGAUGCACUUCUUCGUGUUGCGUGGUCCGUUCUCGGACAUCAAGGCUACUACGCAGAUCUACAAGCACGAUUUUGCUGACACCGAAGCGGAGAGUCCUUUCCGGCUGCUUCCGUUGCCGGAUACCGCCGAAUGCAACAGGCUGUUGGCGGCGAAAGCAAUUAAUUUCAGAUUAAUCAUGUUCUUGGCAUCGAAAUAAGAAACACAAUGUAAUGCUGCGUGGCCGGAUAGAAGGCGUUACUGUUCGACAGAAGUUUGCUUUUUUUGCAUUAUUGGUAACUUCACGUAAAGAUUAUUAAGUUUGGUUUAGGAUUGUCGGUGUGCAAAACCUAAUUUUUUCGUGCAAAUUUGAUUAUCCACUGAUAAAUGUUGACAAACAAAAAGAGGCAAAAUAAGCUAUAGGAAUAAUCCAAAACUGGAACCAAACAGCAUAUUGGUAUGGACCCAUUUUUUAAUACAUUUCUUACUUGAGUAAAAAAGGUUCACGAUUUCACCAUUUAAAAGGACCAAAACAUUAGCUCUUUUACUAUAUGCUUACAUAAGCGUGUUAUCACUAAUCGCCCGUACGCGUCGACCUAGUUUUAUAUGAUUUGACAUACGUAAUCGCAUAACAUCGGUACUAGAGACAGGCAUUUGCUAGCAAAAACUGUUAAUUGUGGUUUGCGCAUAGGAAAAACCCGCAAACCUGGAAUCCUGAAGAAACUGUGCUAUAACAACGGUGUGAAAAGAACAUCUUUGUAACGGUCCGAUCCGAUCGGAUGCCAGCAAUUACACGUAGUCGUCGUGAGAUAGGGUUAAUAUUACGAUGCCAUCUUCACGAAUACACAUUCGACGACAAGAAAAUAUUUAGCAUAGUGACGUAGCUUAGAGAUGCGUAAGGAACGAGGCGCGCACCGAUAAAGAACAGAUAUUACGACGAAUCCACAGCAAUAGAUGUUGUAUCUUUAGGCUUUAUUUCCGACGUAUUUUUUCUACCAUCAUACCAGCAAAAACUGGAUUCCUCUUCGUUAUUGGUCUAUGUACUAAUGAAGGGUUCACGGUCCGAGUUUCAUAACGUUGGUACAUAAGGAUAUGAUACAAAAGCGAACGAGGGAUUUGUGAUACACGAACUUUGCAGCAAACGAAACACGAAUAUGGGUCAAGUGUGUGAGAAAAUACCUAGGCCGUAAGAUGUUUUGCAUAACCCGACAAAAAUUAGGUAAUGUAAUGCUUUUGUGAUAAACAAAAGGCGAUGCUUCGGAUUGUUUUGAGGAACGAAAAGCAGCUGCUGGCUACUUAUUCCCCGCUGUCGCAUUAAUUACAUUUAAUACGAAGUUGAGACGAGGUGUUGAUAGCAGUUGAUCAUAACGAGAAAAAACGGUGAUGAUUAUCUACAUAAGUGAGUUUACAAAUAAGCUACAUGAUUUUCUUUUUACUCUGCUUAAAUUCUUUUUCAAAAAGCCACAUAUAAGAAUCGUUUACACGAAAGACAAUUUAACGUUUAUGGUCGAUUCGAUUGGUCAGCAUAGCUAUUUUAUAAGACAACGAUGUGUUUCUUUGACAGUGUUUAUCCUUACAAUACUACCCCCUAGGUGAUAAGAUGUGCCCAAAUGCUUAUCGUUAGUCGUACGAUUUCUUCAUUUGCUUUUUUCCUAUCUACGCUCGUAUUUUUUUGUAACAUAUCCAAAACUAUAUUCUCUUACAAAUGUCUCACAUCUGAUACUAUAGCCGCUAAGAUCGAAUAUAUUUUGUUUCUUUGAA